CCAAAUAUAACAUAUUAUGGAGAUCACAAAAAUACACUGUCAAUGUUAAUAAACAAAAAACAAGGCAAUGUGCCUGUAAGACUUCAAUCAGGUGAACAAAACAUAUUACCCGUGCGCAGCAGCUAACCUGCCUGCGAGCCUUCGCUCAGGUCACAAUUACCCAGGCGCAGCUGAAGCCCGCGAAAAUGGCAUAUAUAGCUUGGUUUCACGUGACGUCACACCGUUGCGUUCCUUUGGCGCGAAAUUCCAUUGGAGGUCAGGAAGUAAUUUUCUACAGAGGAUCUAGCUGCUGUUACCAUUGUGAAAAUGCCGGUGUGUUGUGUAGUUUACGGUUGUUCCAAUCGAUCCGGCCGAGAGAAAAACAAGAGGUUUUACCGAGUUCCGAAGGUUGUCGUCCAUAAAGCUGAGCAAUUUAAGAAGCUAACCGAAGAAGGCCGGAAAAAAUGGCUUUCAAACCUACAUCUGCGGUCGGGAGGAGCAGAGUCGUCUAAUGCACGGGUCUGCAGCGACCACUUCAUCAGAGAUGCAGGAUGCCAGACUGAUUUAACGAUGGAGGACAUCGAGAGGAUGGAGGAUGUUCUGAGACAGAACACAACAGAGCUGGGAGAUCUUCGGACAAAGGCACUGGACACAAAGUUCAACCAGGAGUCCUUUGAGAACAACGAAGAGAAAACAAAGUUUUACACCGGGCUCCCCAACUUCUUAGUUUUACUUCAGGUUUUUCAACUGUGCGAGCCCUACAUCACCUGUGGCCCUAUGUCUCCAUUUGAACAGUUCAUUUUAGUUUUGCUGAGGCUGAGACUAAAUCUCCCUCUGAAAGAUUUGGCUUUCAGGUUCAACAUCUCUCUCUCCACUGCUUCUAGAAUUUGGCAUAAGUUAAUUGACAUACUUCACGAGAGUACAGAAUUUAUAAUUGAGUGGCCAGAGCGACAUGUACUUCAAGCUACAAUGCCAAUGGGAUUCAGACUCAGACGAAUGAUGCCUGCAUUCACCAGGGGGAAAAGUCAGCUGUCAGCAUACGAGGUGGAAGAGACGAGAAAAAUAGCUAAUGUGCGUAUUCAUGUUGAAAGAGUCAUAGGAUUAGUCAGAAGAAAAUAUCAGAUUCUGCAAAGCAGGGCUGUGCCCAUAGAGCACAUGCUAACAAAACCAGGUGAGGCACUAGCAUUAAUUGACAAGAUUGGGGUUAUUUGCUGUGCCUUGUCUAAUCUGUCAGUGUCUGUCGUCCCAUUGGAGUAAAGUCAUGGAGCUGUAGUCUUGUA